GUCGGAUUCCGGCGGUAGGCAGCUUGGGGAAAGCCAGCACAGGCUUCCUGCUCUCUCCCCCUGCCCAGAGCCGGCGGGGAGUGUAGGGGUUGAGGGUCUGUGUUUGUGGAUGGAACCCUCCCCCUGUCGGGGUUAGAUGCUCCGGGAGGGAGGUGAGAGCGGCCGGAGCUCGGUGAUUGCAGGUGGAUUGAAGCUGGAGGGAGAUCUCGGAGCGGGCAGCACUCAGUGGAUUCUAUUUGUGAAUGCACAUCUUUAGGCUACUAAAUCGAAACUAGAUCCUUGGAUUAACAAAUUGAACACGGCCAUUUAAAGUCCACACCAAUUUCCACUCCAAAGAAGAAACAAUCUAUGACACCAUCAGGGCAGCAGCCGGGAAGCCUAUCAGCAAGAUGGAUGACAUCCAGGGCGAUACAUUGGUCAUCAGGAUCAUCAUUCCUGACCUGCAGCAGACGAAAUGUAUGCGCUUUAACCCUGAUGCCACGGUGUGGGUUGCUAAACAGCGGAUCCUGUGCACCCUGAACUACAGUCUGAAAGAUGUGUUGAAUUAUGGCCUGUUCCAGCCAGCGAGCAAUGGAAGGGACGGUAAAUUUUUGGACGAGGAGCGGCUGCUUAAAGAAUAUCCUCAGUCCAACAACAAAGGAGUUCCCUCUCUGGAGUUUUGCUACAAGAAGCGGGUAUACAAACAAGCUAACAUCGAUGAGAAACAAGUUUCAAAACUCCACACAAAGGCUAACCUUCGAAAAUUUAUGGAUUACAUUCAACAUCGGGCGCUUGAGAAAAUUGUUAAGAUGCUGGAUCGAGGUCUUGAUCCGAACUAUUAUGACUCGGAGAGUGGCGAAACUCCAUUGACCCUAGCAGCUCAGCUGGAAGUCCCAGUGGAAGUGAUCAAAGCUUUGAGGAACGGUGGUGCUCACCUGGAUUUCAGAGCGAAAGAUGGAGUAACACCUCUACACAAAGCUGCAAAGGCCAAGAACCAAACCGCACUUAUGACUCUGCUGGAACUUGGAGCUUCUACUGAUUACAAGGACAGUCGUGGUCUGACAGCUCUAUAUCACACGGUGAUGGUUGGAGGAGACCCCUACUGCUGUGAACUGCUGCUUUAUGAACAUGCUUCCAUUGGCUGUAAAGAUGAAAAUGGAUGGCAAGAAAUCCAUCAGGCAUGUCGUUAUGGCCAUGUUCAACAUCUGGAACACCUGCUUUUUUAUGGGGCUGAUAUGGGAGCACAGAAUGCUUCAGGCAAUACAGCACUCCACGUCUGUGCCCUUUACAAUCAGGAAAGCUGUGCCCGGGUCCUGCUGUUCCGCGGAGCCAGAAAAGAAGUGAAAAACUAUAACAGCCAGACUCCUUUUCAGGUGGCUAUAAUAGCGGGCAACUUUGAAUUGGCUGAAUUUAUCAAGAACCACAAAGAAACAGAUGUUGUACCCUUUCGAGAGGCACCGACUUACUCCAGUCGGAGGAGGGGACCUCAGAGCACUCUUUCUGCACCGCGAGUCCUUCUCCGUUCAAAUAGUGACAAUAACCUGAAUGUGAACGAGAUCCCAGACUGGACGGGGAACACAUCUGCUACUUCACACCGAAGCCUUUCAUCACAACGACUGCAACAGAUGCAGAACAAUCCUAAUGGCACUGUAAACACUGGCUCAAGGAGCCGUUCACCAUCCCUGAAUCGGAUUGGAGAAGACUGUCAGAGGCCACAGCACAGGCAGAUCAGUCCUGCUGUUAUUAAAGAGACAGUCUUUGGAUUGGAAAACCAGGGACCAAAACGGAAACUUUACAGUGCAGUUCCUGGAAGGCAGUUUAUUGUGUUAAGGUCCUAUCAGCCUCAAGGAGAUGGGGAGAUCCCGCUCAACAAAGGAGAUCGGGUGAAAGUUCUGAGUAUUGGAGAAGGUGGAUUCUGGGAAGGCAGUUCUCGAGGACGUGUUGGAUGGUUUCCUGCGGAAUGUGUGGAGGAAAUUCCAGCAAAUGAAAGCCGGCCAGAAACCCGAACAGACAGAGCCAAGAAAUUAUUUCGGCAUUAUACAGUUGGAUCCUAUGACAGUUUUGAUGCCUUGAGUGACUGCAUUAUUGAAGAGAAAACGGUGGUCCUGCAGAAGAAAGACAAUGAGGGCUUUGGAUUUGUGCUGCGUGGGGCUAAAGCUGACACGCCAAUUGAGGAAUUUACGCCAACUCCAGCCUUCCCUGCACUUCAGUAUUUAGAGUCAGUGGAUGAAGGAGGUGUGGCAUGGCAGACAGGACUGAGAACGGGUGAUUUCUUGAUUGAGGUCAACAAUGAGAAUGUUGUCAAGGUUGGUCACAGACAAGUGGUGAACAUGAUCCGCCAGGGAGGAAACCAUUUGGUGUUGAAGGUUGUGACAGUGAGCAGGAAUCUUGAUCCAGAGGACACAGCUCGAAAGAAAGCCCCACCGCCUCCAAAGCGAGCCCCGACCACUGCAUUAACGCUACGCUCCAAGUCUAUGACCUCCGAACUUGAAGAUCUCGCUACCUUACGGAAGAAGCGAACGGAUCUUGAUCCAUCACAUUUAGAGGGUUUGAAGAGGAGGACUGCUUUUCAAACCACACUAAACAAACUCGAUGAAAUUGUGUCAAACUCCAAACAGUCGAGGGCUGCAGAAAAUGCAACACCGGACUCCAGAGUUGCAACGAUCAAACAGCGUCCUUCCAGUCGGUGCUUCCCCCCUGCACCAGAGGCAAAUUCAAUCUAUGACCGUCAGGGUAUUGCUGUUAUCCCACCAACAGUCCCAGGGAGCCACAACAGCCCUUAUUUAGAAAUACCACGAGGAACAAUGCGAAGGCAGAAAUCCAUCGGUAUGUUGGAAGAAGAGAAACAAUUUUUGGCUCCCCCUUUACUAAAGUUUACCAGGAGUUUGUCGAUGCCAGAUACUGCUGAGGAUAUUCCCCCUCCCCCAUCGGUCUCCCCUCCUUCACCACCUUACAGUGCACCGAAACCUUCUGCCCCUCGAGGUUACGGCACAAUACGGCCAAGUUCGAAUCAUAAUUCAGUGCUGAGAGGUCACAAUUCCAGCCGGCCAGAAAGCACAGGUGCAAUCGGCACUGACCGACAGAAGAAAGCCAUGUACCACAGGCAGGAUUCGCAGCAGUAUUCCUUGGAUUCGGAAGAUCAGUACAAGCCCAAUGCUUCUUCACACCAGACCUUGAGAAACAGGAGGAGUAACAUGCCAGAGAACCCUUACUCUGAUGUGGGGGCCACAGCCAACAAAGCUGUCUAUGUCCCUGCCAAACCAGCCAGGAGAAAGGGCCAGCUGGUGAAGCAGUCAAAGGUCGAAGACAGCCCAGAGAAAACCUGCUCCAUCCCCAUCCCCACCAUCAUCGUCAAAGAGCCCUCCACAAGCAGCAGUGGCAAGAGCAGCCAAGGCAGCAGCAUGGAAAUCGAUAGCCAGGCCUCAGACCACCAAGGCCACCUUCGGCCUGAUGAUGGGAUCUGUAACCCCUUCGCUGCUGCCAUUGCUGGGGCAGUGAAAGACCGGGAGAAGAGGAUUGAGGCCAAACGCCAUUCACCGGCCUUUCUCUCCACCGACCUGGGGGAUGAAGAGGCUGGCCUCUUACCCAGCUCCUGCCUCAGGCAGUCCAAGUCCAUCGAUGAAGGGAUGUUUAGUAAUGAAGAGCGUUAUGGUCACCUCAUGAUCCCAUCAUCAAAAGCUAGUUCCAGUUCCAGCACGACAGAGCCAAGCAAUCCGAGAGUUCACGGCAGCUCCCGAAUACUCAAUGUUGCUUCCAAAAAGGAAGAGAUUGAGUGUAACGCGGUGACUACAAAAGGUUACAGUGCGCCAAACAUUCCCAAUGCUAACAGUAACUACAUCCAUCCUGUCACUGGUAAAAAAUUGGACUCCAACACCCCUCUGGCCUUAGUGAUGGCUGCAAGAGAUCGGACCGUGAAAGAGCAGCCCCAACAAAUCACCAGCAAAGUGGAACCCAGCAAGAGUGAGAUCUCCAAACCACUCUACAUUGACACCAAGCUGAGAUCCAACAUGGAGAGCGCAGCCUCUGGCUCUCGCUCCACCAAACUGAGCCAGUCCUCCACCAAUCAGAGGAAAGAACUCAACCCCAAAACCGAAGCAGAUGGCGGGAAAGAAGAGAAGAAGAAAGUCCCACUGAUGGACGGGCUGGACAGUGCUGAGCACAAGGCACCGGGACUGCUCAUGGUACACACGGAGCUUGGUGCCAAACCGGAAGAGACUGGGAAAGGGGGAAAUAAAGACAAUUCUUCAGCAACUAUCGCCCCGGAGCAGCGGAAAGAAACAGAAACCUCUAAAGAACCCACCAAGACUGUCCUCACUGUCAGUUCGGUUGAUGAUUCUGGAGUUUUACCGUUCCGUAUCCCACCCCCUCCACUUGCCUCAGUUGAUGUGGAUGAAGAAUUCUUAUUUUCCGAACCUUUACCUCCACCGCUGGAGUUUGCGAACAGUUUUGAGAGCUCUGAGGAUCCCCCAGCUGUGCCGUCUCUCUCUGACAUGCUCAAACACAACAAAAACGGCUCUUGUGUCCCUUCACCAUCACACCAGAGCAAUACCACCUCAGGGCAUCCAGCUGCAAUCAAACCCAUCGCUCACUCUGAUUCCUUGCCCACGGGCUUUGUCCCACCACGGGAGCCUUGUAACAGUGUGGCUGAUUCUGGGAUCGGGGAGAUGGACAGCCGUAGCAACAGUGACCAUCACCUGGAAACGACCAGCACAAUUUCCACUGUCUCUAGUAUCUCCACCCUGUCCUCAGAGGCUGGUGAGAACAUGGACACCUUCACUGUCUAUGCAGAUGGGCAGACCUUCACUCUCGAUAAGCCUCCAGUUCCUCCCAAGCCCAAAGUGAAGCCCAUCAUCAACAAAAAUAAUGCAAUUUACAAAGACGCUUUGAUAGAAGAAACCAUGGAUGGGUUAUUCAUGCCACCCCCUGCACCCCCUCCCCCUCCCAGUGGCAUCCCACCUGAAACCCUCAAAUCCCCGCAGCAGAGGAGCUCGAAGCUCUGGGGUGAUGGAGCGGACGCGAAGGUCCCCGCUGUCACUGAUGCAAAGGCAAAUGUCAUUAGUGAAUUGAAUUCAAUACUGCAGCAAAUGAACAAGGAAAAGGUGCCCAAACCAACUGAGGCCUUGGAAUCUCCUUCAGGAACAAGAGGAGCAGUUUUUGGAGCAAGCAGGAAUCCCGAUGGAGUGAACAAUUCUUCAGGUGUACAACGGAAUGCAACUGUAACUUUCACCAUCCGGCCUGGAAGCAGCCAACCCAUAACUGUUCAGAACCGGACAUCAGACUUUGACAGCAUGACUAUUUUAAAACGAGCUCCGAGCCCUGUGGCUUCUCUGACAGACACUGGUCAGACCCCCAGACCCUCUUCCUUGCCAGCUGGGUCUCCCUCGCCUACUCUUUCCGAUGCCUUUGGCUUCCAAAGCCAGCCAGUCGUCGGAGAAGGACACUUUGGAAGCCAGCCUGGUCGCAGUCGGUCUCCAUCUCCGAGCACUUUACAACCACCAGUUUCAGACAAACCUUUCGCAUCCAAGGCUGUUCUCCUUUGGACUAAACACGACGUGGCUGAUUGGCUGGACACGCUGAACCUCGGAGAACACAAAGAUGCAUUUUUGGAUAACGAGAUAGAUGGGACACACUUACCAUCACUGCAGAAGGAAGAUUUAAUCGAUCUGGGGGUGACAAGAGUUGGACAUCGAAUGAAUAUAGAACGAGCUUUAAGACAGCUACUGUCAGUUAGAUAAACAUUUAUUUGAAUGCUUAACAGAGUAACUAAAAGAUCUCUCAUUAUUUUUGUCAACAGUCUGCAUUCACCAUAGCUCUGGCUGGAAUAUAAUGUGCGACUGAAAUAUUUUUGAAAGGUCAGCGUGAACAUUUGUUCCAAUGAAAGCCUCUGGUACAUUUAUAAGCACAAUACGUUGACAGUAUCACUGGCUCGUCAGUCAAGCAACUCCAUGUGCUACUGAUGUGCUGAGAAGAUUAGGACAAAAGUGAAGCUCCUUUUGUGAUGUAAAUAUAACUACAGCAUAAUCUAUAUUUUGAACGAUGACCUUUUAAUAUUGACCUCACUUGGACAUGUCUUAAUGAUACUGUAGUUGAACCAGCAGAGCUGUGUUAUAUACUUUCUACCUUUGCUAGUCCAGUAUUUCUUCACAAGAAUCCCGAUCAAUGUUCUCGAAGAUGUGCAGCAGAUCAGCUCACCUCUGUUUUAUUCCUUUUCCUUUGGAUGAGAAGUGAUGCUGAUGAGAAUUUUGUUUCCUUUCUGCUGAGCAGUCUUAUCAUUUCCAGUAUUGUACAUGGGUGAGAAAGAAAUAUGAAGCUCUUUUAACUAUUCACAUUUUGACACACUCUUAAUAAUCUGUCAUGAUGGGGCACUGUUGUAGCAUUUUGUCCAAUUCUCUCCUUGAAAGCUCAUACAGAUUUGUUUCCAGUAUUGCUGUGUCUUUUCCAAUGCUGUUGUCAGGGGGUGCUCUUGAGAACAGUGACAAGAGUGUUGAAUUGAAUCAUUAUUGUCUUCCAUAGAGGCAGGUGAUUUACCACAAUUACUUACUAGAGCAGCCAGGAGGGCUCGAAACGGGCCGUGUCUAUAUUCCGUUCCAGAGCAGGGGAGUUUGCUCAUUUGAGCUGUGUAGGAAAACAUGUCUUGCUUAUUGAAUAAAAUUUAAAACAAAGUGGGGUUUCUAUUUGUCAUUUUAGCUGCUAUUCUUUUUCAUAGCUAUUAUAUAUCUAUAUAUAUACGUUUAUUCUGAUGAAUUGGUUAAUGACAUGUAUUCCAAUUGAGGAAUGUAGCUGCACAGUAAAUUAUUUUUUGAACCCACUGUGCCAAAAUACAAGUGAAGUUAAAUCUGAGCGGAUUUCUUUGUGAGGUGAUGGUUUUAAUGGAUGUUUUUGGCCUGGCCUCCCCUUUAUGACUGGGCAUUCAAACCGGCAUAGAAAAUUAAUCAUUUCUGUAGAGCAACAGGGACUUAAGAUGCAUUCUCUCUGCCAUAUUACAUAUUCACUUUUUAGGUCUGCAUUUCUGUUACAUAUUGUAAUUAAAAUUGACAAUCUUAAACACUUAGUUUGUGUAACAAUUGUGAAAACAGUACCAAAUCUCACAAGAUGUAAAUUGUGUAGUAACGUACAGGAACCCCCGUUUCUGGGAGAUUUGAGUGCACCUCAAACUGUUAACUUCAGCAGAAGCAAUUAGCCGUGACUGUUGGGGAGCAAUUUAAUUCACAGGUUUCCCUUCUUGCACAGCUCUGGGUAUUUAUUUGUGGUAUUUAUCAUUUAGCGAUAUAGUUAAUUCACUGACUAAACCUCAGUAAUUCCAGCUGCAGGCAAUUCCAGUUGAUCUGGCAAUGAUUACAUCAAUGAGCCGACAAUAUCAUUUUCUUCACAAAUAAUAGUCACUAACCUUUUUAUUUUUUAUUUUGCUGGUGCAUUAAGGUGUAUCUCACUUUAAUUUGUGUAAAAGACUUGUGUUCAGAUUUUCAAUGUUGCUGUAAUUUCUGUGAUUUGUAAUAUCUUCAUCUAGAUUCCAUUGACAAGCUCCUGUAACUUGCACUUUCCCAACUCCUGAAUAACC